AUGCACAUAAUUCCUCUUUCAUGUCGGAAUACCGCCCACUCUGGAAUCGUAUCGCCUCUGGAUUCACGCGCAUCUCUUUCGGUUGAUGACGACGACGACGCGAUGACAUACCGGUAUAAAAGUGAGUUUCGCUGGAUGCGGCACGUUAUACGUGCACAGGACCACGAGAUGCGUCUUGACGUUGGUUACAUCAUGAGUCUUCCAUCUCUAGCACAGAGUUUUCUACAGAAACAGUUGCGUAAACGCAAGAUCCAAGUGCAGUGUUGUCCUUCAUUUAACGUGUCAAGUGAUCAGACAAGUCGAGCUAAUUCAUUGGUGUCGAGCUAA